AGCGACAAUGGGGAACGAUGAAUAAAAGUUCUCAGAUCUCACGAUUCGUAUAUUGGUGACGCAAUCAAUGAAUUUAGCAUCCGAAAUGAUCAGUCCAGAAAUGAAGAAACUGGCAGAGGCCAUUCAAGCGAACGGAGAGGCGAUAAGAACUUUCCGAGAACAAUACAUUCCCGCUCUUCGAUCAACGCAAUCUGCAUCGAACGAGCGAGCGUCUUCAGCUGCCUCGGGAUCGAGCUCGACCGCCAACUCGUGUCCGGCGGAACACGCGCAAUUGAUCCGGGGAAUCAUGGACAACAUGGAUCAGAUCCGGACCCUCGCCAGUGGGGCGGAGAGACGUAUCGCGCUGCCGGUAGCUACCGAUUCCGACAUCGACUUCAACGUUCGGAACUGCUCGGUGUUGGGGGAUCUGAACGAACUCCCCCAGGGCCGAAUUCUGACCGCACUCCGCAGCCAAACAGAAGAGGUCGACCUGCUCGUGAGGAGCGUCGAAGACUCAGAAAAUCUGCUCCGGAACUGUUCAUGAUCCUGUUCUGACCGUCGAGUCUCCCGUCCAUCGGGCCAAAACAAACCACUGACAUAUUAUCCGCGAACGCUGCAGAAAAUGAUCUCAUUCCGUCAGGCUCGAUAGUACCCGAAAUAAAGAAGGCUUCAGCUGAAUUGGUCAAGAAAG